AAGUGACGUGCAUCCGGUGUAAUGGCGGCGCGGUGUAGCUCCAGGUGACAUUUGCAGACAGGAAAAGUAAACUGUCAAGGAAUUCAUACCAUUUGGUACCUGUUAUUUGGACCAACUUAAGGAGUCUUUAAUUUAUCAGAUCAACUGGCAACAGAAAAUGAAAAGUAGUGUGGCACAGAUAAAACAUUCUUCUGGUCAUGACAGAAGGGAAAACUAUAAUUCCUAUCAGAGGACCUCCUCUCCAGAAGACAGAUAUGCAGAACAAGAAAGAUCCCCUCGGGAUAGAGAUCACUUUGAUUACAGCAGGUCAGACUAUGAGCAUUCAAGAAGAGGGCGUUCUUAUGAUAGUAGCAUGGAGUCACGAAGUAGGGACCGAGAAAAACGCAGAGAAAGAGAAAGAGAUAUGGAUCGUAAAAGGUCUCGGAAAUCCCCAUCUCCUGGGAGAAGAAGCCCAGAACCAUCAGUAACCCAGAGUUCCUCCGCUCAGGAUGAACCUGCUGCAAAGAAGAAGAAAGAUGAGUUGGAUCCUCUUCUUACUCGCACCGGUGGAGCAUAUAUUCCUCCUGCAAAGCUCAGGAUGAUGCAAGAGCAGAUCACAGACAAAAACAGCUUAGCGUACCAGAGGAUGAGCUGGGAGGCCCUAAAGAAGUCAAUCAAUGGUCUUAUCAACAAAGUCAACAUUUCUAAUAUAGGUAUUAUUAUUCAAGAACUUCUUCAAGAAAACAUAGUUAGAGGAAGAGGCCUGCUGUCCAGAUCCGUUUUGCAAGCGCAGAGUGCUUCUCCAAUCUUCACCCAUGUUUAUGCAGCAUUAGUGGCAAUUAUCAACUCAAAAUUUCCACAGAUUGGAGAAUUAAUCCUCAAGAGGCUAAUUCUUAAUUUCCGAAAAGGCUAUCGAAGAAACGAUAAGCAACUCUGUCUUACUGCUUCAAAAUUUGUGGCACAUCUUAUUAACCAAAAUGUGGCACAUGAAGUUUUAUGCCUAGAGAUGCUCACUUUGCUCCUGGAAAGACCAACAGAUGAUAGUGUUGAAGUGGCUAUUGGUUUUCUCAAGGAAUGUGGCCUCAAAUUAACACAAGUGUCACCAAGAGGAAUCAAUGCUAUAUUUGAGCGCCUCCGAAACAUUCUCCAUGAGUCUGAAAUUGACAAAAGGGUUCAGUAUAUGAUUGAAGUGAUGUUUGCUGUACGGAAGGAUGGAUUCAAGGACCACCCUGUUAUCCUAGAAGGACUUGACUUAGUGGAAGAAGAUGAUCAGUUCACCCAUAUGCUCCCUCUGGAGGAUGACUAUAAUCCAGAAGAUGUUCUUAAUGUUUUCAAGAUGGAUCCUAAUUUUAUGGAGAAUGAAGAGAAGUACAAAACUAUUAAGAAAGAAAUUCUUGAUGAGGGAGAUAGUGACUCGAACACAGACCAAGAUGCUGGAAGUAGUGAAGAGGAAGAGGAAGAAGAGGACGAAGAGGGAGAAGAAGAUGAAGAAGGACAAAAAGUGACUAUUCAUGACAAAACAGAAAUUAAUCUAGUCUCAUUUCGUCGUACAAUUUAUCUUGCUAUUCAGUCAAGUUUAGAUUUUGAAGAAUGUGCUCACAAAUUGCUGAAAAUGGAGUUCCCUGAGAGCCAAACAAAAGAACUCUGCAACAUGAUACUUGACUGUUGUGCCCAACAAAGGACAUAUGAGAAAUUUUUUGGCUUAUUAGCUGGGCGAUUUUGCAUGCUAAAAAAAGAAUACAUGGAAUCCUUUGAAAGUAUAUUCAAAGAACAAUAUGAUACCAUCCAUCGCUUGGAAACAAACAAAUUGAGAAAUGUUGCUAAGAUGUUUGCUCACCUUUUAUAUACUGAUUCACUUCCAUGGAGUGUUCUUGAAUGUAUAAAGCUAAGUGAAGAAACCACUACAUCAUCCAGUAGAAUUUUUGUUAAAAUAUUUUUCCAAGAACUUUGUGAAUAUAUGGGUCUUCCUAAACUUAAUGCAAGAUUAAAGGAUGAAACCCUACAGCCAUUUUUUGAAGGAUUAUUACCCCGAGAUAAUCCAAGAAACACUCGGUUUGCCAUCAACUUCUUUACUUCUAUAGGUCUUGGAGGUUUAACGGAUGAAUUGCGUGAGCAUCUCAAAAAUACACCAAAGGUCAUUGUGGCACAGAAACCAGAUGUUGAGCCAAAUAAAUCCUCCCCCUCCUCUUCCUCUUCCGCAUCCUCCUCUUCAGAGUCUGACUCCUCCGCCUCUGAUUCGGACAGCACUGACAGCAGUUCAGAGUCUUCCAGUGAAGAGAGUGAUUCUUCAUCCAGCAGUAGUCAGAGCUCUGCCUCAGCUACAAAUAGAAGAAAGAAGGGACAAGGGAACACCAGAAGUAAAGAAGUAGAUAAAUUGAUCAGGAAACAACAAACCCAUGAUAGGAAACAAGAAGAAAGAAGGCCAGAGCAAAGGCAUCAAGAAACAUGGACUGAAAGAGAAAGAAGGUCAGAAAAACAUAAAGAUAAAAAUUCAAGGGAUCCAAAUUGGAGAAAUCCCAUAACAAAAUACACUUCAGACAGAGGUGUUCCUUCUGAACGAAAUAGUUACAGUAGAAUCACGAAUGACAGAGACCAAGAAGCACAUGCAGAUUUGGAAAAUAAGCACGGUGACCCCAAAAAGAAGAGAGGAGAGAGCAGAAAUUCUUUUUCUGAAAAUGAGCACAGACACCGAAAUAAGGACAGUGAAACUGUGAUAAGAAAAGAUAGAUCAAGGUCAAGAGAGAAGAACCGAAAACGUUCAGGUUCCGGAAGCGAUGAAGACAGGUAUCAGAAUGGUGCCGAAAGGCGAUGGGGAAAAUCUAGCAGAUACUCCAAACAAUCCAGAGAAACAGAGAAACAUCAGGACUGGCGAAGAGAAAAGUCUCCAACAAAGCAAAAAAAAUGAUGCUACACAAUGCCAGAAACUGAACAUGCCUUAUAUUCAGUUGAAACAAAUUAUUUUUUACAUUAACGAACUUUAUAGAGAAUUCUUGUAUAAAGUAAUGGUUUGUAUUUGUACAUUUAAAAAUUUUUUCAUUUUAACAUGUUUUAUAAUUGAUACAUCUCAAGGCCCUCCACAUAAAAUUAUUUGAAAAGUUUCACCAGAGAGGGAUGUAAUUCUUGCUUAUAUUUUGUUAAUAAAAUGAUCAAAUGCUCAUUGAA